UCAGCAGAAGCUGACUCUGGAUCAUAACAGUCAUGGAUCAGCUUCGGAUUGUGAGGUGGACAUCGACACUGUGUGUCCUCCUGAGCUGGAUGCGUGUGGAUCAAGUAGUGGCUGAACCGCAGUACGUGGUGGCCAUUCCUGCAGUUAUUGAAGCUGGAGCUGAGACCAGAUUCUGUGCAACUCUCCGACAGCCCAGUGAGACUCUGGUCAUGACUGUAACUUUGAGGUCCCGAGAGAAGAACACAACCUUACUCACACAUACAUCAAAUGAAGCAUUUCAAACCUGUACUCAAUUCAAGGCGCCUUUGGUACAAAAUAGAGAGGUGCAAGAUUUUCAGGUGGAAGUGCGAGGAGACACAUUUUACUCAAAAGAAGUCAGAAAAGUCAUGAUCAAAGCCUAUGAUCCUCUGACAUUCAUCCAAACAGAUAAACCCAUCUACCUUCCUGGGCAAAAAGUGAAUUUCAGAGUUGUCACAAUGGAUAAUAAGAUGCGACCUGUCAAUCAGCUGUACAGUGUGAUUGAACUUGAGGAUCCUAAUGAUAACAGGGUUGGACAGUGGCUAAAUGAAACAUCCAGUGGUAAAAUAUUGCAGCUUUCUUAUUCCUUGGACACUGAGGCACGUGAAGGACCAUACCAGAUAAUUGUGUCAGUGGGUGCGAAUAAAGUAUAUCACAGCUUCAAGGUGGAAAAGUAUGUUUUGCCCAAAUUUGAUGUAACAUUAAAUGUACAUGAAGAAGUGAAUAUUGAGCAGGAAGAAAUUGAAGCUGAAGUGUGUGCGAAAUACACAUAUGGACAGCCCGUACCAGGACUUGUUAUAGUUAAUGUGUGCCGACCUGUAAGGUGGUAUGUUAUGCACUCCUUUGAUCUUUUGACACUGGAGGACAAUCAGCAUGAUUCACUGCAAUUAAUGAUAGCUGGCCCCUGCCGCACAGAGAGAAAACAGGCAGACAAGACUGGCUGUACAACUUUUUCCUUCAAGAUGUCAUUUUUUAAUAAAAUUGACCAAAUGGUGCUUCAAGAUGUUCUGGAUAUCAAGACCAAAGUGAAAGAGGAUGGAACAAGUAUUUCCCGCCCUCAAGAGAAGAGAAUACAGAUUUCUUAUGUCCUUGGAAAGGUGUCUUUUAUUGACAUGCCCAAGUUUUGGGAACGAGGCUCAAAUGUGGAAGGAAAAGUCAAAGCAGUUUACCACAAUAAUACACCAAUUUAUGACACACCUGUGUACCUGUUUGUGGGAUCAAGUUGGGAAGCACACUCACUACAAAAUCUUACAACUGACAGCAAUGGUGUUGCCUCAUUUUCUUUCAACACAGAUGGCCUCCCUGGAUAUAUCCAACUCCAUGCAAGCCUGACAUCAACAUUGGACACCCAAGAAGAUAGAACUGUGUACUAUGAGACUGGAGAACACACAGUACCCAUGUUCCAGCCUUCUUCUCCUGAUGGUAAAACAAUCAGCUCUCUGGAGGUAAAGAAGAAGGAUAAACCUCUUCCCUGUGACACAGAAGAGGAUAUAUAUAUCCAGUACACUAUAGUGGGAGAAGCCCAGGGCUCUGUGGAUGUGAUGUAUCUGGUCUUGUCCAGAGGUGCUGUCACCACACAAGGGCUUAAACAGUUUAAAGUGCCAGAUAGAUCUGUGACUGAGGGUCAGGUAUCCUUCAAACUGAGAGUGUCUCAUGAGGUGGCACCAGAAUUCGAGGUUGUGGCUUAUGCCAUCCUGCCUAGCGAGACAAUAAUUGCCCACAGUACUGAAUUCUCCACUGAUAAAUGCUUCAGCAACAAGGUGUCACUGGAGUUUUCACCAUCUUCAGCUGUCCCAGGUGAAGAAACCAAUAUGCAGGUGAAGGCCCUACCACACUCUCUCUGUGGUGUGAGUGCCGUUGACAAGAGUGUUCUCAUCAAGGAGCCAGGGAUAACCCUGGAUGCAGAUAAGAUAUUUGACUUGCUCCCCAUCAAGAAAUCCUCUCAUGUCCCAUAUGAGGUUCGAGACGCUACAGAAUGCUUAAAUGUGAGACCAAAAAGAUACAUUUUGCCAUAUCCAGGUCAAAAGACACCUAAUAUUGCCGAUGAAGUUUUCCAGAAAGUCGGAUUGAAGAUGGCAACAAACUUGUUUUUUCGAUUGCCUUCAUGCCUCAAUUUACAAGGAAAACUAUACCAUGCAGGCCCUGACUUAGCCUAUGACCAUAAUACAAUUAGUGCAAUCUAUUCUGUGCACAUGGUUCCUGUUCCUGUUAACUUUUAUGGGCAUCUUCGUCCUGAAGCUCCACCAGUAGAGACAAUUCGCUCUUUCUUCCCUGAGACUUGGAUAUGGGAUCUGGUGGAAGUUGGAGACAAUGGAAAAAAGGAUGUGUCCCUGACUGUCCCAGACACCAUCACCACCUGGGAGACGGAGGCUUUUUGUUUGUCCUCUCAGGGAUUUGGUUUGGCUCCUCGUAAAGAAAUGAAAGUCUUCCAACCUUUCUUCCUUGAGCUCACAAUGCCUUACUCUGUCAUCCGGGGGGAGCACUUUAAAUUGAAGGCAACUGUCUUCAACUACCUGACCAGCUGCAUCAUGGUCACUGUCACUCCUCGCCUCUCCUCAGAUUACACCCUCAAACCUCUGUCCGGUGACCAGUACACAUUCUGUUUGUGUACCAACGACCGCAAGACCCUCAGGUGGAACAUGAUCCCAACAGCCUUAGGGGUUGUGAAUGUGACUGUGUCUGCUGAGGCGGUGGCAUCCCAUGUUUCAUGUGAUAAUGAAGUUGUGAGCGUACCAGACAGAGGUCGCAUUGACAUAGUCACAAAACCUCUCAUAGUAAAGGCUGAGGGAACUGAGGUGACAAAGACGUACAACUGGCUGCUUUGUCCAAAAGGAAACACACAGACAGAGGAAACAGAGAUACAACUGCCUGAGAAUGUGAUUGAAGGAUCUGCCCGCACUUCUGUAUCAGUCCUGGGUGACAUCCUCGGCCGGGCUCUGAAGAACCUGGAUGGACUGCUGCAGAUGCCAUAUGGAUGUGGAGAACAGAACAUGGCUCUCCUAGCCCCCAAUAUCUACAUCCUCCAGUACCUAAAGGGAACACAGCAGCUCACCUCAGCCAUCAUGGAAAAAGCUGCCAACUUCCUGACCAGUGGAUACCAAAGACAGCUCAAUUAUAAAAGUUAUGAUGGCGCUUAUACCACAUUUGGAACAGGCCCAGGAAAUACUUGGCUGACUGCUUUUGUGGUGAGAAGUUUUUCCAAAGCUCAGUCCUUCAUCUACAUUGAUCCAAGAAAGAUCAAAGAGUCUAAAACCUGGUUAGAACAAAAACAGCAAGAAAAUGGCUGUUUUGAAACGUCAGGGAAACUCUUCAACAACAGAAUGAAGGGUGGUGUGUCUGAUGAAGUGACUCUCAGUGCGUACAUCACUGCUGCCUUCUUGGAAAUGAAAAUAUCCCCAAAAGAUCCUGUGGUGAACAACAGCCUGGUUUGCCUCAAAGAAUCCAUCAGUGACCUCAGCAACACCUACACUACAGCUCUGCUGGCGUACAUCUUCACCCUGGCAGGAGACAUGGAGACCCGUGCUCACCUUAUGAGGCACUUAGACACAGUUGCAGUGAAGGAAGGAAGCUUCCUCUACUGGUCUCAGACAGUAACAGAAACAUCAGCCUCUCUGUCAGUGGAGAUCAGUUCUUAUGUGCUGCUGGCCAAACUCAGUGCCUCCCCAACUGUUGAGGACCUGGGCUAUGCCUCUGGUAUUAUCAGGUGGCUGACUGGCCAGCAGAACUAUUAUGGAGGCUUCUCUUCCACUCAGGACACAGUGGUGGCUCUUCAGGCUCUGGCUCUCUACUCCACUCUGGUGUUCAGUCCUGAGGGUUCAAGCACAGUGACUGUUCAGACUCCCAGCAGUCAGCUGACAUUUGAUGUAAAUCAGGACAAUAAACUGCUCUACCAGGAGAAGACGAUGCAGGACGUGUCAGGAAAAUACAGCCUGGAGGUGAAGGGCACUGCAUGUGCUUCAGUGCAGAUUUCUGUUCACUACAACAUCCCAACUCCUACUGAUGUCACCACUCUCAGCGUGAAGGUCAAACCAGAGGUCGACACCAUGAGUGAAUCUACCAAACUCACUCUGAAAAUCAAAUCCCUAUACAGUGGAAAGGAGAGCACUACAAACAUGGUGAUCCUGGAUAUCAAAAUGCUCUCUGGAUUUGUCCCAGACCCAGAGUCUUUGACAAUACUCAAAGGUGCCCUGAUGGUGGAUCGUGUUGAACAAAAGGAAGAUCAGGUUCUUGUGUACUUACAGGAGUUACCAAAGGACACCCCCAUCAGCCACAGCUUAGCGAUCAUACAGGAGCUCCCAGUGGACAACCUGAAGCCGGCUGUGGUCAAGAUCUAUGACUACUACCAGCCAAGUGACCAGGCUGAGACAGAAUACAUUUUCAUCCCUCAAGGUACAGUUUGAAGACAGAAGUGUGGUCAGUCCUGAGGUCAUUUCUCAACCUAAGAACUUUAUUAAAGAUACUUGUUUGCUCAUAUGUGUCUCUGUAUUUUGGGAGUAACUCUUUGAGGUCUUUAUUAUUAUCAAUUCUUAAUAUUAUUAAC